AUGUCUCGCGUAGCAGGCCGCACCGAUUGGGCGGAAGAGGAAGAUGAAAACGAGGUAGCGCUCCCGCAGCAGACGGUGACCAAGAACAAGGACGGAACGGAGACGAUCGUAUCGUACCGCAUCAACGAGGACGGCAAGAAGGUCAAGACGACGCGCCGGAUCAAGAAGACAGUGGUCAAGCAGAUUGUCAACCCGCGGGUGGCGGAGCGCAAGGCAUGGCCCAAGUUCGGGGCAGAGAGCGGCAAGCCCGCAGGCCCGCAGACAGAUACAGUCUCAGUCGCUGAGAACAUUGUGUUCCGCCCACAGUCCAACUGGAAGGCGUCGACGGACGACAAGGGCGACGAGGACAAGAAGAAGCUCGAGCUCAAGAACGCAAAGAUCAAGUGCCGCAUCUGCUCCGGCGACCACUUCACCACAAAGUGCCCCUUCAAGGACACCAUGGCGCCCGAGGGCGCCGACGCACCAGCCGACAUGCCCGACGACGCACCCGGUGGCAGCGGCGGUCUCGGCGCGGGAAGCGGCGGCUACGUCCCGCCGCACAUGCGCGGCAAGAUGGGCGGCGGGGAGAAGAUGGGCGGCAAGUUUGACCGCGACGACAGCGCGACGCUGCGCGUCACCAAUGUCUCUGAGAUUGCGGAGGAGCAGGAUUUGCGCGACAUGUUCAGCCGGUACGGACACGUGACGCGUGUUUUCCUGGCCAAGGACCGCGAGACGGGGCGCGCCAAGGGGUUUGCGUUUAUUUCGUACGCGGACCGCGACGAUGCGGCCAAGGCGUGCGAGAAGAUGGAUGGCUUUGGUUUCGGACAUCUUAUUCUCCGCGUCGAGUUUGCCAAGAAGGCUUAG